AAGUUUACUCCUGCUUUGGACGCCCAUUACAUCUGAUUCCUUCUCUUGUCAAGUUUCACAGUGAAGAAGUGAUGAGGGUCUGGAAAUGCACUUCCUCUUCUGCUUUGCAAUUGCGUCUCCUUCUACUUGGUAACUCCUUUUCUCUUUCUCCUACCCUUUUCUUUUCUUCUUCCUCUUCCCCCGUUUCAACAAAUCCAGGUAUGCGUUUCACAAAAUUGAUGAUGCCUUGGUUUUGUUCGAUCACAUGCUUCGUACCCAUCCCCGCCCUUGUAUUGUUGAAUUUACUCAAGUACUAGGUGCGAUUGUUAGAAUGAAGCAUUAUGAAACUGCUGUUUCUCUGUCGAGACAAAUGGAUUUCCUUGGGAAUCAGACAUGAUGUUUAUACUCUCAACAUUUUGGUUAAUUGUUUUUGCAGCUUGCAUCGUACGGAUUUUGGGUUUUCGCUUUUGGGAAAAAUGUUGAAGCUGGGUAUUCAACCUGAUACUACCACAUUUAACACCCUGGUCAACGGGUUAUGUGUUGAAGGUAAAAUAGCUGAAGCAGUGAUCUUGUUUGAUGGGAUUGUCAGGAAUGGUUGCCAACCUGAUUUGAUUACUUAUGGUACCGUAAUGAAUGGUCUUUGUAAAAUAGGCUACACUACUGGGGCUAUUAGAUUGUUAAGGAACAUGAAACAAAGUGGCAUUGUACCUAACACUGUAACAUACAACACAACCAUCGACUGUCUUUGUAAGGACAAGCUUGUGCCUGAGGCUUUAAACCUUUUGUCUGAAAUGAGAGGUAAAGGUAUUCCGCCGGAUGUUGUGACUUAUAAUUCUUUCAUUCAUGCUAUGUGUAGUCUGGGCCAGUGGAAUGAAGUUAUGAGAUUAUUGACAGAAAUGGUUGCUAAUAAUUUCAAGCCAAAUAUUGUCUCCUAUAGUAUAUUGGUUGAUGCAUUUUGUACAGAAGGAAGGGUUUCAGAGGCUUGUGAUAUUGUUGAAGGAAUGAUUCGACGAGGUGUUGAUUCUGAUACUAUUACAUAUAAUGCAUUGAUGGAUGGAUAUUGUUUGCAAGGCAAAAUGGAUGAGGCUAGAAAGAUUCUUAAUUUGAUGAUUACUAAGGGUUGUGUACCUAACGUUUAUGGUUACAGCAUCAUGGUCAAUGGAUUUUGUAAAUUGCAAAAGAUUGAUGAGGCCAAGGAACUCUUUGAUAAAAUGUCUCGAAAUGGAGUAGUCCCUAACACUGUUACUUACACUGCUCUUAUAAAUGGCAUGUGCCAAGUAGGGAGACUUGGGGCAGCACGGGAACUUCACAAAGAAAUGAGUGCUCGCGGCCUCGUUCCAAACACGGUGACUUACUCUACUUUGUUACAUGGCUUAUGCAAGCACGGUCAUGUUCAUGAGGCAGCGGAACUUUUUCAUGUUACGCAGAGCAAUGGGAUAGAAGCUAAUAUUGUCCACUAUAGUAUCUUAAUUGAUGGCUUAUGUCCAGUUGGGCAACUUAAUGUUGCCAGGAAAUUAUUUCAUUCACUCCCAGGCAAAGGGUUACACCCUAAUGUUUAUACUUGCGAUAUCAUGAUCAAAGGACUUUGUAAAGAAGGGCUACCAAAUGAAGCAUAUGAUUUGUUUAGGAAAAUGGAGGUGAAUGGCUGCUUGCAAGAUAGUUGUUCUUACAAUGCAAUGAUCAAAGGAUUUUUCCAAAACAAUGAUGUGUCAAGGGCAGUGCAAAUUUUACAUGAGAUGGUUGAUAAAGGAUUUUCUGCAGGUUCUUCAACAGCAACAAUGGUAGUGGAUUUAUUGUGUAAAAAUGGAGGAGAUCAAUCUAUUCUUGAGCUGUUUCUUAGAAACUCUGAAGAUGAUCAAAAUGUCAACAUGAAAUUAACCGAGACCCAAUCCAGGGAAAUUAGAACCCUGUGGCACCUAAUGGUUCCCCUCGUCUCGACGCCCUUUGUCAACUGGUUCCUGCUCUUAGCCAUUCUGCUCGAGAUUGACAGUCAAGAAAAGAAGACGAAGAUGAGGGCCUGGAGAUGCACUUCUUCUUCUUCUGCUUUGCAAUUGCGUCUCCUUCUACUUGGUAACUCCUUCUCUCUUUCUCCUCCUAUUUUCGUUUCUUCUUUGAAAUACCCAUUUUUCUCUACCUCUUCCACCCGUUUCAAGAAAUCCAAGUAUGUGUUUCACAAAAUUGAAGAUGCCUUGGAUUUGUUCAAUCACAUGCUUCAUACCUACCCCCGCCCUUCUAUUGUUGAAUUUACUCAAGUACUAGGUGCGAUUGUUAGAAUGAAGCAUUAUGAAACUGCUAUUUCUCUGUUGAGACAAAUGGACUUAGUUGGAAUCAGACAUGAUGUUUAUACUCUCAGCAUUUUGGUUAAUUGUUUUUGCCGCUUGCGUUGUUCGGAUUUUGGGUUUUCGCUUUUGGGAAAAAUGUUGAAGCUGGGUAUUCAACCUGAUACUACCACAUUUAACACCCUGGUCAAUGGGUUCUGUUUUGAAGGUAAAAUAGCUGAAGCAGUGAUAUUGUUUGAUGAGAUUGUCAGAAAUGGUUACCAACCUGAUUUGAUUACUUAUAAUACCAUGAUAAAUGGUCUUUGUAAAGUAGGCUACACUAGUGGAGCUACUAAAUUGUUAAGGAACAUGGAACAAAGUGGCUGUGUACCUGACAUCGUGACAUACAACACAAUCAUCGACUGUCUUUGUAAGGAUAAGCUUGUACCUGAGGCUUUAAACCUUUUUUCUGAAAUGAGAGGUAAAGGUAUUCCGCAAGAUGUUGUGACUUAUAAUUCUUUCAUUCAUGCUAUGUGUAGUUCGGGCCAGUGGAAUGAAGUUAUGAGAUUAUUGACAGAAAUGGUUGCUAAUAACUGCAAGCCAAAUAUUGUCUCCUAUAGUAUAUUGGUUGAUGCAUUUUGUAAAGAGGGAAGGGUUUCCGAGGCUUGUGACACUAUCAAAGUAAUGAUUGAACAAGAUGUUGAUCCUAAUACUAUUACAUAUACCGCAUUGAUGGGUGGAUAUUGUUUGCAAGGCAAAAUGGAAGAGGCUAGAAGGGUUCUUAAUUUGAUGAUUACCAAGGGUUGUGUACCUAAUAUUUAUAGUUACAGUAUCAUGAUCAAUGGAUAUUGUAAAUUUCAAAAGAUAGAUGAGGCCAUGGAACUUUUUCACGAAAUGUCUCUAAAUGGAUUAGUCCCUAACACUGUUACUUAUAAUACUCUUAUAAAUGGAAUGUGCCAUCUAGGGAGGCUUUCUGCAGCACGAGAACUUUUCAAAGAAAUGAGUACUCGUGGCCUUGUUCCAGACAUGAUGACUUACUCUAUUUUGUUACAUGGCUUAUGCACGCAUGGUCAUGUUGAUGAGGCAAUGGAACUUUUUCAUGUUAUGCAGAGCAAUGGAAUAGAAGCUGACAUAGUCCAUUAUAGUAUCAUAAUUGAUGGCUUAUGUCAAGUUGGGCAACUUAAUGUUGCAAGAAAAUUAUUUUGUGCACUCCCAGUCAAAGGGUUACACCCUAAUGUUUAUACUUGUAAUAUCAUGAUCAAAGGACUUUGUAAAGAAGGGCUACUCAAUGAAGCAUAUGAUUUGUUUAGGAAAAUGGAAGUGAAUGGCUGCUUGCAAGAUAGUUGUUCUUACAAUACAAUGAUCAAAGGAUUUUUCCAAAACAAUGAUGUGUCAAGGGCAGUGCAAAUUUUACAUGAGAUGGUUGAUAGAGGAUUUUCUGCAGAUUCUUCAACAGCAACAAUGGUAGUGGAUUUAUUGUGUAAAAAUGGAGGAGAUCAAUCUAUUCUUGAGCUGCUUUUUAGAAACUCUGAAGAUGAUCAAAAUGUCAACAUGAAAUGACUUGUUAUCCAUUAAACAAAAAUUCUAUUCAAAAAGUUUUUCUAUGCUGCAAAGAAUUCUUUGCAACCAUAAUUAAGUUUUCCUCAUAUCAGUUUUCUUGAAAUUGAGGAAUCAGUCAAUGUUUGUCACCA